AUGACCACCCCCGAUAAGUCCUCCCUGCAAGCAGGAGUGCAGAAGGUCCUCGACACCUACACCGCCGGCACCGGUCCUAGCAAUGUUCCAGGCGCUGUGGCUUACAUCGCCGACGCCAGCGGAAAGGAGGUCGCUUGGGCAGCUUCCGGUCUGAUCGAAGUGGGCAAGCCCGAGCCGAUGCAGAAGGAUACCAUCUUCUGGAUUGCCAGCUGCUCCAAGCUGCUAAUCGCCAUCUCAGCUCUGCAGCUCGUAGAGCGCGGCCAGCUCAACCUUGACGACAGCAUCGCCAAGUUCCUCCCCGAGGCCGGCGAGCUCAAGAUGCUCAAGGACGGCUCCACGCCCAACAAGAUUCCUACCGUCAAGGACACGCUGCUCAUCCUUUCCGGACAAGCUUGCGCGCUCUUCAACCAAGAUCUCGCCGACUGGUAUGGCUCCAAGGGCCUUCCUCCUACCGCUCACCUCGACUCGAAAAGGGAGCGCCUCUUCACCCCUUACGCCUCACAGCCAGGCGAGGAAUGGAACUACGGCUUCAACAUCGACUGGGCCGGCAUGGCCAUCGAGGUCAUCACCGGCAAGGAUCUCGAGACGUACUACCGCGAAAACAUUUUCGAGCCUCUUGGUAUCAAGGAAAUCACCUUCAAGCCACGAUCUGCUGGUCUCGUACCACGCCUCGCCGGCAGCCACGUGCGCAACGAACAAGGCGAGAUUACCCCCUUCUUCCCGCUGCUUUUGCCCGAGGAGGACCAGAUGGAGGCAAUCUACCCUGGUGCCGGUCUGUUCGCCAAUGGCUCUGAGUACGUCAAGAUCCUCGUCGCGCUUCUCAACAAGGGAACACACCCGGUCUCGGGCGGUACCAUCCUCAAGCCUGAAAGUGUCGAGCUCUUGCGCAAAGAUCAGCUCGAAGGAAAGCUCAUCGACGACCUCGAGCGCAAAUUCGACCAAGUCAUCCCCGCUGUUAUCAGCGACCGAUUCGUGGGCUGCCUCUCGCCUGGUCUCAAGAAGAACUGGGCAUACGGUGGUCUCAGGCUCAAAGAGAAACACCCGACGCGUGGACUCAGUGACGAUUCCUUGAGCUGGUGCGGUGUCCAGAACAGCUACUGGUGGCUCGACUUCAAAGAUGGAACCUGCGGCAUGGUCCACACUCAGAUGAGCCCUUUCCCCGACAAGGCUGCCGAAGAUCUGCUCGCCGACGUCGAGAGCCAGGUGCACGCCGCCUACGCCAACUAG